UUGCACUCUGUUCGGCACUGCGUGCUUGUUACUCAGGAAGACAAGGGAAAGAUUUUAAUUUUAAUAUUUCCCUUUUAAUCCAGUGAAAGGAUGGAUCUUGCACAACCAACUCAAGAGAACGUGGGACAGAUGGUGAAAGACGAGUUGGCAGAGAAAUGUCAGAAGCUUUUCCAGGCUUUCUUAGAAGAGUACCAGACCGUGGAUGGUGAAGUGAAGUAUGUCCAUGAUGCAGAGGAGCUGAUCAGGCCAGAGAGAAACACUCUUCUGGUUUCCUUUACUGACCUAGAAGGAUUUAACCAAGAACUGGCAACCACCAUUCAGGAGGAGUUCUACAGAGUGUAUCCCUUCCUGUGCCGUGCGGUGAGGAACUUUGCUAGGGAUCAUGGGAAUGUUCCUGUGAAUAAAGAGUUCUACUUGGCCAUUCAGGACCUACCCACCAGACACAAGAUCCGUGAGCUUUCCUCACAGCGCAUCGGCUCUCUGGUGCGGAUCAGUGCACAGGUGGUGAGAACACACCCUGUACACCCAGAACUGGUGAGCGGGACCUUCCUGUGUCUGGACUGCCAGGGGGUGUGUCCGGAGGUGCCCCAGCAGUUCAAGUAUGCCCCUCCCACCGUCUGCAGGAACCCUGUCUGUAACAACCGCUCACGCUUCCACCUGGACACACAUCGCUCAAAGUUCAUAGACUUCCAGAAGGUGCGUGUCCAGGAGACCCAGGCAGAGCUUCCCAGGGGGUCCAUCCCCCGUUCCCUGGAAGUGAUCCUCAGGGCGGAGGCUGUGGAGACGGCCCAGGCCGGAGACCGCUGUGACAUCACUGGAUCACUCAUAGUGGUACCCGACGUCUCCCAGCUCAGCACCACAGGAGUGCGAGCGGAGACCAGUUCCCGUGUAGGAGGGAGGCAGGGUUAUGAGAACGAGGGCGUCCGGGGUCUCAAAGCCCUGGGAGUCAGAGAGCUGUCCUACAGACUGGCCUUCCUCGCCUGUCACGUGGCGCCUACGAACCCCAGGUUUGGAGGGAAGGAGCUGCGUGACGAGGACCAGACUGCAGAGAGCAUCAAGAGCCAGAUGUCUGUUCAGGAGUGGGAGAAGGUGUUUGAGAUGAGCCAAGACAAGAACCUUUACCACAACCUCUGCACCAGCCUCUUCCCCACCAUACAUGGUAAUGAUGAAGUGAAGCGUGGUGUCCUGUUGAUGUUGUUUGGUGGUGUCCCUAAGACUACAAUGGAGGGAACCUCUCUUAGAGGGGAUGUCAAUGUCUGCAUCGUUGGAGACCCUUCCACCGCCAAGAGCCAGUUCCUGAAGCAUGUGGAGGAGUUCAGUCCCAGGGCUGUGUACACCAGUGGUAAGGCCAGCAGUGCGGCUGGAUUGACAGCAGCCGUGGUUCGAGACGAGGAGUCACACGAGUUUGUCAUCGAGGCCGGGGCUCUCAUGCUGGCUGACAAUGGUGUGUGUUGCAUCGAUGAGUUUGAUAAGAUGGAGACCAGAGACCAGGUGGCCAUCCAUGAGGCCAUGGAGCAGCAGACCAUCUCCAUUACUAAAGCUGGAGUCAAGGCCACCCUGAAUGCCCGGACAUCUAUUCUGGCGGCUGCUAACCCCGUGGGGGGGCGCUAUGAUCGCAGCAAGAGUCUGAAACAGAACGUCAACAUGUCCGCUCCCAUCAUGAGCCGCUUCGAUUUGUUUUUCAUCCUGGUGGACGACUGUAAUGAGGUAACGGAUUAUGCAAUUGCCAGGCGUAUUGUAGAUUUGCACUCUCGCAUUGAGAACUCUGUGGACCGACUGUACUCCCUGGAUGAGAUCAGAAGAUACCUGCUCUUCGCCCGCCAGUUCAAACCCAAGAUCUCCAGUGAGUCGGAGGACUUCAUCGUGGAGCAGUACAAACGCCUGCGUCAGCGUGACACCUCUGGAGGCGUGGCCAAGUCAGCCUGGCGAAUCACAGUUCGGCAGCUGGAGAGCAUGAUCCGGCUCUCGGAGGGCAUGGCUCGCAUGCACUGCUGCGAUGAGGUCCAGCCUAAGCACGUGAAAGAGGCUUUCCGUCUGCUAAAUAAGUCCAUCAUCAGAGUGGAGACACCUGACAUCAACCUGGAACAGGACCAGGACAUGGAGGAAGAAGAGCAGGGGGAGAAUGGUGUUGAAGUGUCCAGCGAGGUGAAUGGCCAGGUUAACGGGGAUGCCCAUGGAACCAGUGGCCACUCCAACGGUGUGAAUGGCGACACUGACAGCAGCUCCAAGCCGUCGCUGCGUCUGACCUUCCCAGAGUACCGACGCAUCUCCAACCUGCUGGUGCUGCAUCUCCGGAGGGCGGAGGAGGCUGAAUCCGAGGAAGAGUUAAAGAAAAACGCAGUGAUCAACUGGUAUCUGAAGGAGAUUGAGUCAGAGAUCGACUCAGAGGAGGAACUCAUUAACAAGAAGAGCCUGAUUGAGAAAGUCUUACACCGACUAGUACACUAUGAUCACAUCCUGAUAGAGCUGUCUCCAGGGGGGUUGAAGGGUUCAGAAACAGAGUCGCAGGAGGAAGUUGUUCUGGUUGUCAACCCUAACUACACUCUAGAGGACUAGACUUCAGGACAUCUGUCAUUUCCCUCCCUGCUCUUGAACUCCUGCUCUAGCCUCCGUUUGUUUUCCAUGUAAUGACAUUGAGCCUUUGUAAUAUUUUAUUUCAUUUUCAUUCCUGCUUUAAAGGUAAUGAGUGUUUUAAAACCUUUUUUUUCUUUUUUAUUAUCGUAGCCAGGAAAUUAUGUAAAUAUGUUGCUCUGAUUUCUCCAGAGCAUUUACUGGCUGUUUUAUAGCUAUUAACGUUUGUGGAUCUUUUCUGUUAAAUGGAGUUAAUCCUCUGACAAGCUAAUGUAGUAUGGCUUUAUUACCAGUGGUAAAUGUUUUUAUAAGGUAUAUUGUUGUGUUAAUCCAUCACCAUAAUGUACCUUUUUGACAUUUUUAUAAAGAAAAUGCUAGGAGUUAAUACUUUCUCUGUUGCCAGUUCCAUCAUUUGAUGGGUUACAUACACUUGUAUGUAACUGGUGUAUUAAUGCUUGUGUUUUGGCUCCUAUACAAGUGUGCGUCUUGUAAAAUAAUGAAAAUGACUGUAACGUGAAGGAAGAUGUAACCAGUUCAGAAUAUGAAACCGUGUGGUGGUGUUGUCCCUGCAACAUGGAUGCUGUAUGAUAGACUUUGCGCUGUAAUGGUCAUUUAAUAAAAGACUUGUCAAUGCA